UCGCGACAUAUCGACAGCCCUCCCCUCACAAGUAACCAUGGCGAACCGAGGCUACGAUGUCGUCGUAGACGUUGACCAAGAGGGCGACCUAGGCCAUACCGACCUGCAAGAAGACCUCGAAUUCCACAGCUCCAACUUCGACACCCAACCCACCGGCCGCGGCGCCCCCAAAAUCCAACCCGACUCCACCAGCGGCUCCUUCCUCCCCGGCCCCUCCACCAGCACAUCCCCCACAUCGCGCAAACACUACCUCUGGUCCCUAAACUUCUACGCCCAAGCCUUCGACGUCGACACCGCCGAAGUCCUGCGCCGCUGCACAUCCACCCUAUACCCACGCGCCAAUUUCCUCGACGUGCUAGAAGGGAACCCGGACCUCUACGGCCCCGUAUGGAUCGCCACAACCGUCAUUGUGAUUCUGUUUUUGACCGGAACGAUUAAUCAGUAUCUGGCGCAGAAGGGCGAGGAGCACUUUGCGUAUGAUUUUAAGCUGUUGAGUGGAGCGGCGGGACUGGUGUAUGGGUAUACAGCGUUUGUGCCUGUGGGGCUGUGGGGCGUGCUCAAGUGGUAUGGGAGUGAGAGUGCGAAUUUGAUGGAGUGUGCUUGUUUGUAUGGGUAUGCGAAUUUGGUAUGGAUUGCGGUUUCUCUGGUGGCUUGGAGUCCUUGGGGUAUCCUCAACUUCACAGUCGUAGCCCUCGGACUCGCGGCCUCGGCGUUUUUCCUCCUGCGCAACCUCUACCCUGUGCUCAGCACCACCGAAGCGAAGACGAGCAAGAUUCUGCUUAUUGUCGUGUUUGUUCUGCAUGCUGGGUUUGCAAUUGCGAUCAAGGUGCUGUUCUUUGCGGCGACGAGUCCCGUGGGUCCGAAUAAGGGUGGGGAUAAGGAUGCAGGGAAGGGGGUCGCGGAUGGGGGGUCGGAGGGUAAAGGGGGUAUGCUGAGGAUGUUGAUGGGUUGAGAUGGGUUGGUGUGGGGGGAUGAGGAGAUGGGAGGUAGUUGAGGCAUGGGAUGAUAGAAUUUGGUAGUGAGAUACCAGUAUGGCCUGAAGGCUACAGCGCCUUAUCAAUGAGCAGACAUUUUUUGAUAAUGUAGAGGGAAGGUCUUCGGUGCUUAAAGCGUGCGUUAUCACUAGACUCGUAGGGGAGCGUGGAGGUAUACGAUACGCCAUAACUUUUCCAAGGUCCUCUAAACACACACCGAAGACAACCAAGCUCACAUACAACACGCAUACAGGAGUCAGGAUUUCG